AUUUUGCGGAGGGAGGGAAACAUGAACAUUAACUUAACAUCAUCAAACGACAACUCAAACACUCUCUCUAUCCACCAUAAUACUACAUUUUACCACAAUCAAUGUCCCCUCUAUUCUAUUCUAUUUAUGCUGCACCAAUAAUCAAUCACAUUCUCAGAAGAUAGGGUGUGGAAAAAUGAAUGAUGGGUUUGUGAGAGCUGAUCAAAUUGAUCUAAAAACCAUUGAUGAACAACUUGAGAAACACUUCAACAAGGUAAAUGAUGAUUCUUCUCAUGAUCACUCAAACUCUAUUGCUACUACUGGUGGUAAUAACAUGGAGCAAAGAGAAGAGUGGGAAAUUGAUCCUUCUAACCUCAUCAUCAAGAGUGUCUUAGCUCGUGGCACUUUCGGUACUGUUCACCGUGGUUUCUAUGAUGGCCAAGAUGUUGCUGUUAAAAUGCUGGAUUGGGGCGAAGAAGGUUACCGAACAGAAGCCGAAAUUGCUGGACUCAGGUCUGCAUUCACGCAAGAAGUCAUUGUUUGGCAUAAACUUAAUCAUCCUAAUGUAACUAAGUUUAUAGGGGCAACAAUGGGGUCAUCUGAAUUACAGAUACAAACUGACAGUGGUCUAAUUAGCAUGCCAAACAAUAUCUGCUGUGUGGUUGUUGAGUAUCUUCCUGGAGGUGCAUUGAAAUCAUUCUUAAUCAAAAAUAGGAGGAGGAAGUUAGCUUUUAAGGUUGUCAUCCAGCUGGCACUUGAUAUGGCAAGAGGUCUGAACUAUCUUCACUCUCAGAAGAUUGUCCACAGAGAUGUAAAGACAGAGAACAUGCUGUUGGAUAAGUCUCGCACCGUUAAAAUUGCUGAUUUUGGCGUUGCACGUAUUGAAGCGUCGAAUCCAAAUGACAUGACCGGGGAGACUGGUACACUUGGUUACAUGGCUCCUGAGGUUUUAAAUGGCAACCCCUAUAACAGGAAAUGUGAUGUAUAUAGUUUUGGCAUAUGUUUAUGGGAAAUAUAUUGUUGUGACAUGCCAUAUCCUGACCUAAGUUUCUCUGAGAUUACUUCAGCCGUUGUUCGCCAGAAUGUAAGACCAGAAAUACCAAGAUGUUGUCCAAGUUCUGUGGCAAAUGUAAUGAAGAAAUGCUGGGAUGCGAAUCCUGAUAAGAGACCUGAAAUGGAUGAGGUAGUUGCCAUGCUGGAGGCUAUUGACACAUCCAAAGGUGGAGGUAUGAUCCCUUUUGAUCAGCAGCAAGGUUGUCUCUGCUUCGGUAAGCGCCGAGGGCCUUGAUUCAUAGUCAAAUAAACCAUUAAGGAAUCAAUAUUUGUAUCUUUGGUACAAAAACAGACAAGAUGAGAGAACUAUACAGAAACAUGUCAAUUCUUAUGUAUAUCCAUUUCUUAGUUACCUCUUGCUGGACUGGCCUUGUAACCUUGUAAGAUCUUCAUGAUACUGCUGUAAACUUAUUUGCUAGGUACUCUCUUACUUCUACUUUCUGUCUCAUUGUGUUGUUUGCUUCAAAA